CUGGUGGCAUCAAACCUAGUCUUCCACAAUAACACGCUACUCGUUGUCCAACGCAGCGAAAAUGAUUUCUAUGCCGGCCGAUGGGAAUAUCCGGGAGGCUCGGUGGACGACUCGGACAGAUCGAUCCUCGCGGGGGCCGCGCGGGAACUCUACGAAGAAACAGGCCUUCACACGACCGGGUUCGUCCGAGAGGUCGGCGCGGGAAUGAACUUCACCACAGGAAAGGGGCCGAAGACGACGAAUUGGCUGAAGAUGUCGUUUGAGGUGGAUGUUGCUGCGCUGCCGGUCCAAUUGGAUCCAGUGGAGCACCAGGACUACUGUUGGGUGACAGAAGCGGAGAUCAGAGAGCGGAGGGUCGGCGGGAUGAGUUUAACGUUCAUAUCGGAGGAGGCCCGAGCAACGAUGUUAGAAGGUUUCACGCUGAGG